GAUGCUUGGCACAGCCGUCGAGCGUUGCCAACACUUCGCGACCCUGGAGCCCAACCCAACAUAUUCCGCGUCUUCCAGCUCUCACGACGCAACCAUGCUCAUUCCACUUCUUCGCAACGCCCUUGGGCGGACAGCGCUCUUCCGGACAGCUCGUCCUGGUUCUGCCGCCGUGUCCCAUUUGAGGACCGCGGUGUUAUCACACGCUAUGAAUACCACCAAGAUGUCGCUGCUGGCGCGUCGGACCUUCCUCACGACUGCGCACGUCGAGGAGCCCGCUGCGGCUGGUAAGAAGGCCACUUCGACGAAGGCCAAGUCGACUACCAAAGCAAAGGCAAAGGCGAAGGGAACGAAGGCAAAGGCAACCAAGAAGGCGACUAAGAAGAAAAAGGUUGCAGCGAAACCCAAACCCAAAAAGAGGGUCGUGAAGAGGAAGGUCGCUGCGAAAAAAGCUGUGAAGGACCGCGUCAGGGACUUGAAACCGCCGUUCAAGAGGCCUGCCGGUGCCUUCCCUGCCUUCGCCAGAGAGUGGUUCAGGACGCACGACGCAAAGGGUACCAUCGUAACGCAAAAUAUGGCGGAAAUCGCCGCGGCCUGGGGACGCCUCUCCCAAACCGAGAAGGAGGCGUACAAACCAUCUCCCGAGUCCGUUGCAGAAUAUCUUAAGAAGAAAGAGGAGUGGUAUCAGGCUCAGACUCUCGGCGUCAAGAAGGCCAUCAAGAAACGCAGGCGGAGCAGACGAAUCCCUCGCCCUCCUAAUGCGUACUCCCGAUUCAUCCGUGAGUUCUGGAAGGAUAGGUCGCCUGAAGACAACAUCAUUCCGUUCGCGGAGAGGGGGAAGCAGCUGGCGGCAGAGUUCAAUGCUCUUUCUGAGUCAGAGAAGGAGGCCCUCAGGGAACGCAGUGAGCGAGAUUUCCACAUUGCCCAAGCAGAGAAGGCUAGUGCUGCUGCCAGGGCGGCAGAGGCGGCGAAGGCGCAGGCGUA